AUGUAAGAAUUCACAAAUAGCUCUUGGGAUAAUUUGCUUGAUUUUGCUAUUUACGGUUGGUUUAAAAUAUAAUUAGUUAGUAAUAUUUGGGGAGUAGGUUUCCAUUUUACUUCUAAUCCUGCAAAUCAUUGGAAUGAUAAAACAUACUUUGGAGACAGAUUAUUAACUUUUUACACUAUGGGAUAUACUUUAGAAAAUCAUUCUUAUACAUUGUACUCAGACUAAAAUUAAAAUAAUAGCCCUAAUAUUUGGCUUGAUACAACUUUUUCUUCAGAUGAUGUUAAUAAAUGGGCUUUUAUCUAUGUUUCAGUAGGUUCUACUGAAUAAAAGUUCCAAUCUUUCUACAAAUUACCUUCUUCUAAUCCAAUUUUUUUAAAAAGCACAUAGAUUAUAACUCACUAAACAUCUAGUAUUUAUAGAAUAUAUUUAGGAUACUCUAUUUCAAACUAUGCCUAUUUCCCUGGUUAAAUAUGCGGUCUUUAUAUUCUUGCUGGUAAGGGUGCUUACAGAGAAACAGGUUUUGAAUAAUUCUACAGUCUUCAAUCUUCAGACGCUUAGAGCUGUGGUUUUUGCCAACCAGGUUAUUAUUUGCAAUCAUAUAGCUGCUAUUAAUGGUGCCCUAACAAUUACAAAUUAAAUUUAGUUUAGAAGACAUGCGAUUAAUGUUCUACAUAUACAUCUGAUUGUUAAACAUGUGCUACUACUUGUAGAUCUUGCCAAUUUGGAAAUAAAGAUAUAUGUUUAGACUGCUAUGAAACAAUGACCUUAUCCAGUGGAACAUGUGUUUGUAAAAAUGGUAUAGACAAUAGAAAUAUUUUCUACUAAUGUAGUAAUGAUAAUGUUGCAGUCUUAUAAGCCAAUUUAGCAAGCGAUAGUCCUAUUCUAACAAUUAAUUUUGGAGUCACUUUGAAAAACAAUAUUUUGGGAUGCAGUUAAAUUUUUUAGACAUAAACUUUGGGCCAGCUGGGUACAAAUCCUAUUUGCAGCAUAAGCAAAACUAACAUUACUAUCACCUUAAGUUAAGAUGCUAAUAUAACUGAAACUUAAUAAAUUUCAUUUUUACCCAAUAUUCUUUCAUAUUAAAACAAUAAUAAUCUUAUUGAUACUUUUUAUUUACUCAGCUUUACUUAGCUAAGAAAUAAUCCCUUUUAAAUGAAUUAUAAAUAUGAUGAGCUAUAAAACACUUGUAACGACAUUACUUUUUAAUUAAUUCCAUAAAAUGAUGCAAACAGAGGAUUUAAUUCAAUUAUUUGGAGUAUUUAAACCUAACCUACUUUAGAUUCACAAACAUCAUAACAGGUUGAUAUGAUAGUGUAAACUGCAAACAAUAAUAUUAAUUCUAAUUUAAUUAUUCCUAAAUAUUUAAUACCACCUGACACUAAAGUGACAGCUACUGUUCAAUAUUUCAUGAGAGUCAACAUUAAUGGAACUUUAUCAUUUUCUACAAUGUAUAAAAAGUAUAAACAAAUAGUAAUUUAAACUAUUUAGAGUGCCUACUCACCUAUUUAUAGGUAUAUGGAUUUAUCAUUUUUGUUCUAACUUUAUAUUUAAAUAUGUGAUUAAUCCGGAUCAUUUUAGCUUUAUGAACCAUAUGACAUUUAAAUUAGUUCCAAGGCAUUACCUAUUUUGAACUAAAGCUUUUCUUAAACUACUUUAUAAAGCUUUUAAGUUAGUGUUAAAAAAUAUUAGAUUCCAUUCAACACGGCCUUUGAUUUGUAGCUUUCUGCAGUAUUAGACAACAACAAAACAAUAACAUAGUAGACUAGUGUAAAUAUCAAUCCUGCAUUAUCUAAGCUAUUUGUUUAGAUCAUAAGUGGAUAGGAUGGCUUAUUCAAUUACAAAAAAGAUUUGAAUUUGACAGGUAUCGUUAGAGAUUUAGAAAUUUAAGAUUCGAGUGCCCCUUAAGGAAUAAGCUUAAGCUGGUUAUGUUAGUCUUUAAUUUCAUAAUCAAAUGGAGAUAGAUAAUGUCUUGACUUCAGAAACAAUACUGUAACUCUUGCUUAGAAUAGUCUUAGUACUGUUAUUCCUGCCUCUACUUUUACUCCUUAUCAAACCCUAUAGUUCUCCUUUGUUGGAUAGAAGGACACAAGAACUAGUUAUAGUAAUAUGACAGCUAUAAUUGCAGAAAUAGACAUUCCACCAUUGUUUGUUUCUAUUUAAGACUUAUCAUAAUUGCAGUAAGUCAACCUUAAUGAAGAUAUAUUUGUCACUCUACAAUAUGGAAGUAAUGUUUCCUCUGACGUAAUAACAUACGCUGGAGCAGUUCUGUAUAACAAUAUUGAAGUUGGAUUUAUAAAAUUUGAUUUUUACUAAGUUAAAUUUAGGAUUUGGGACUAUUUUAUUUCAGUUACACAAGAUAAUCCUGUAGUAUAAGUCAGGUUCACUGCCUACAAUCCUUCUUAUUAUAUGCCUAGUAUGACUGUAAAAAGCUUUAACAUCAACUUACCUCCUGCUAACUGUUUAUUUACUGUUAGUCCAACUUCAGGAUAAGCUUUGUAAACUAUAUUUACUUUAUAAAUGAGUGGUUGCACAAGCUCAGAUAAUGUUUUAACUUAUUAAUUCUUUUACUAUCAAAAUAACAGUGAAUUUAAACAAGAAAUUUUAAUUCCAAAUAAUAUUCUUAGGAGAUAAAUCUAAGAUUAGUCAUUAAUAAAUCUAAUGAAUACAACUUUACCCUCAGGAAACUUGACUAUAAUGGGAUAAGUAAUGAAUUCUAAACUUUCAGUUUUUAACUCAACAGUGUAAGUAAAAGUAGACCCUUUUGAUCAAGGAGAGGAAUAAAUAAAUAACAUCAUAGAUCAAACAAUUUAGUCAGUAAAUAACUAGUUUAUAAAAUAGAUAGUUGUGAAUUUGUGUCUUGUUGGUGAAGAGAUAUCUAAAAAUUACCCUCUUUAUAAUUUAAAUUCUGUAAACCAAAGAAAACCAUUACUAAUUUCAUAGAUAAUUAAUUCAACUAUUUCUCUUCCAAACUAAUCAUAUCUUUCUACAUUUUCAAAUAAAGUUAUUUCAUAGCUAUAAUUUUCAUUAAUUAGCAAGUAAGAUAGUCAAUAGUAAGGUGUACUUAACUAUAUAAAUAAUACUCUUUAAAAUUAAAUUGUGUUGAUGUAGGAUACAAGUAAUAAACUUUUAAAUAAUAACAAUAUAGUAAUAUAAAAUUUAGUUGACAGUUUUAAGAUGCUUAAUUCUACAACCUAAAGUAUUUCUUAUAGUCUAUUACCAAGUUAAAUGAACAUAUCAGAUUAGAUAUGUGGCUUUUUAACUAACAUAACUCUUCCUAAUACAGGAGGUAUUUAACUUGAAGGAAAUUUAAUAUAAUUAAAUUGUUAAUAAAUUACAGAAAAGAACCUUUAUUAGUAUGUUUAGGAAUUUGUUGAAAUACAAUCAAAUACAACUAAUAUUUAUAGCAUAUCAUACAGCACAUAUUCUUAAAACCCUUAUAACCAAACGCCUGAAUUUAUAAAUUAUACCUAAUAACUCGUAAAAUUUUAACCAAAUAUUACAAUUUCUUAAAAUCCAGUGAUAAUACCUCAAAUAUAAAAUGUAAAUAAUAUGAGUAACAGAAGACUUCUCAGUGUAAGUAAUGGUAGUUUGAACCAAAAUUCGACUUACAUUUACAAAUUUUAAAAUGUUAGCAAAUCUUAAAAUAAAUUAACAUGCCUCUAAAAGCAAACUAAUUCUUGGUCUUCUUCAAAAUGUCAAAUGGUAAAUAAUACUUAAAUGAAUGGAUUCUAUUGUUAUUGUAAAGAUAAAACUCCAACAACUAUUACAGAUGAUUUAGAAUAAAUUAUAUAAAAUAAAAAUUUAUAAACUGCUUUUAGUUCAUAAGGUUUUAACAAUAUAUCAAAUUUUAAAUAUUUCUAUAAAUAUGCAAUUUUUUGGACACUAAGCUGUGUAACAUUAUUAUCAAUAAGUUUAUUUUUUAUAGGGUAACGCCUUGAUAGAAAAUACCUUGAUUAGUAAAGUCAUAGAAUAUCUCCUUUAAUUGAUAUCGAUUAGAACUUAAUAAAUACAUAAAAUAAUGUUGAGGCUAAUCUUUCAAAUAAAGAUGCAAAAAUCACGAGUAGAGACGAAAAUAUUGCUUUAAAUCAAUAGAAAUAGUAGCAUUUAUUUUAAUAAGAAAAUUUUGAUUCUAUUUAAUAAAUUAAACAGAACUUAAAAAUUGAACAAAAAAACUAAAAACAUCCUUCAUAUAAAUCACCUUAUUUUUCAUCUCAUGUUAAUCAAUAAUAUUAAUUAGAGAAGUAGGAAGUAUUAAAACAAGAUAAUGAAAUGCAAUUAAUAGAUUUAGAUUAAUAAGUGUAUAGUAAAAAUAUUUAGUAAGAUUAAGAUCAAGUUUAAAAUGAAGAAUUUUAGAAUAAACUACAUGAUUAAUAAGCCGAAAAAUAAUAGUAAAUCGAUACUUUAAGCUCUCAAUCUAAUUAACUUUAAUAAUAAUAUGAGCUUUAGUUAUAAAAAUUAUAAAAUUAAAUAGGAGCAUUAGAAACAACAACAAAAUUAGGUGCAUAAACUUUUUUAUCUUUGAAUAUAUAAUAAAAUAAUUAUUACACUACUUAGAAUAAUAUUUAAUUAAUAGACAAUAAACAAGGAUCUUUAGCAAGUAAUUUUUAAAUAAAUAACAACGAAAUAAUCUAAAAAUAAUAAUUUUCUAAAGAAUCUUAAAAUAUAUAAUCAAUUAAUAAUGCUUUCAAUGAAUAAAAUUAAUAAAAUUUGAAAAAUGAUAAUUCUUUAGAAAAAAAUUAAAAAAAUGGAUAAGAAGAUUAAAAAGAAAAAAUUCUUUAAUAAAAAAAUAUAAAUGGUAAUUAGUUUAAGCUAGCAAAAAAAUCAUUUUUCAAAAAAUUAAUUAUAUUCCAUGAUUUUUUUAACAUAUUUUAUACCUAUGAUCCAAAAAUAUCAAGAGCAAUCAGAUUUAAUAUUUUUUAUCUUAGAAUAAUUCAUUCUUUAUGCUUAACAACAAUAUUUGAUGACAGCUAUAAUCUUGAUUAAAAAUGGACAAGAAGCUAGUUACGCUAAUAGCCAAACUUUAUCAUUUUUGUUGAUAGUAGGAAUAGAUUUUAUAGGAAUUCUAACUAUGAUGUCAGUUGUAAAACUAAGCAUAGUCCAAUAUUCUAAUCAAGGGUAAAGUAAAUAUGCUAUUUUAAAUUAUUUACAUAAGUUAUUUGAUUUAUAAAUAAUACUAUAAAAUCUAAGUGUAUGAUAAGUUUUAUAAAUAUUAAUAUUCAUUUUUAUUUUAAAGUACGUACUAAUUUAUUAUUCUAAGUAAAUUUAAAUUU